AUGAAAAUAAUCAACAGAUUUAAAAGUGUGCUCAAGGCUGAUCAGAGGUUUUAUAUCCAAAGAGGUAUUGAAUUCGGCACUGACCAGAAAGUUCCUGAGAGGAGCAGUUUUGCACCAUUUCCUCAAAAAAUGGAGAGGAGAGACAAAGCUGAGACAAUCAGGAAUGAAAAAGUUGUGAACUGCUUACACCAGAAUCGUAAUGCACUUUUUAGGCUGGUUUGCUUUCCUUGGGGAAGAGGUGGCUCCACUUACUUUGCCAAAUGGGGCCAAGAUAUUCCUAAUUUUGUGGAAGUGCAUGCCAUGCGGCUUGCUGGGAGAGAAAGCUGGUUUGAAGAACAUUUUGCAAGUGACAUGCAUCAGGUGGUUGAUGAAAUUGCCUGUGCCCGGCUGCCGGUUAUCCAGGGUGAAAAUUUCACAUUUUUUGGCCACAGUAUGGGAUCUUAUACUGCUUUUUUUACUGUGCUACAUCUCAAAGAAAAAUAUAAUCUAGCAGUACAUUUAUUUGUGUCAAGUAUAAGCCCUCCUCAUGCCCAAAUUCGUUUCCUCAAAGAUGAUUUGUGUGAAGAAGAAAUUGCCUUUGCACUAAAGAAAGUGGGAGGCAUGCCUGAGGAUUUUGUUGAUGACAAGGAACUGAGUCAAGAAUCUGUUACCAGAGUCUGUGACACACCCUCUAAGACUCAUCUUUCUUGUGACAUAACAUGCUUUUCUGGAUCUGAAGAUAUACCAGUGGUUAUGGAAGCCUGGAAAGAUGUAACCAGUGGAAGUGUUGUGCUUCCAGGACGCCACUUCUAUCUUCUGGAACCUUCCAACAUAAGCUUCAUCAAGAAUUACCUAACCAAGACUCUAGAACUAUCAGUGCUCGCCUCUUGACAGAUAUCUCCCCCCUUCUUGGCCUUAAAACAGUCCAGUUGAUUGUCUGCUACUCAUCUCCAGUUUUUCAGAGUAGCUUAGGAGUUUGUUUCAGAGAUUGGAAAAUGAUACAUUUGCUGCUGUCAGGGUGAUGUGUUAUCUACAAAUGUAUUUCCCCACAGAGCAUUUACGUAUCUGGGGGAUGAAAGACGAAUGGGUCAAGAAUACUUCCGGGAGGGUCUUUCUUCUUUGUAUUAGAAUCUCAUUUGAGUCUCAUCUGUGGAAGGUUUGUCAAUGAAAUUCCUGCUUGGUCAAUGAUUCAUUUCUUCCUUUUGGUUAUUCUGAUAGUGAAAAUCACAGACAGGGGAAGUGCUUGAGACGAAAUGACUGUUUCAUUAACACACUGUGGCCCAAAGCCUGAUCUCACCUUUUGAAAUGUGCCCCAUUCAGUGAGGAAAUGUAGCCUACUGUUAAAGUAAGACAGCCCCGAAUAAUCACUGCUGCCUGUCCUGCCAAGUCCUGGAAUGCCCGCAGCCUUCUUAGGUUCUCUUCUAAGGCGAUCCUCCAAGCUGGAUUGCCUGCUGUCUGGGUGUGUUCCUGCUGCUCUUUAUGCAAGGACCAACUGGGACUCAGGGCAACUGUUUGGGGUCUAGCCCUUGGCGUACAGAGGGUCACGCACAAAUGCCAGACCCAACAGGCUGCCUCAGCUUCGUGUGUGAUCAUCUGAACCAGACAGAGAAAGAAAGCACACCAGUUGGAAACAGACAGGAAAGAAAAGGGAAAAAAUUAAAUAGGAGAAUGACUUGAGUCAGAGCAACGGCAGAACACCACUGGUAGGAUUCACAGAUGCCUACUGCCCAGGAUGGAGAGGCACCAGAUCCCCAGGGCUACGUGGGUCCCGCCAUCUCUGCCAAGUCCCAAACUGUGUGUGUCUCUCGGAAUCCUAUGUGUUCAAUUGGCACCUUGAUUUGUUAUCUCCGUCUUCACAACAGAGCUCCUACUUCAUGCAACCAGUGUCUCUUCCUUACGGCUUCAAAUGCUUGACACAGCUUGACACACUAAAAUGUCACCUUCUAAAGCACAGAUGUGUUUGGGAUCACAUAAUAUGGGGUUGUGUUUUUGUUGGUUUAAAAAUAGUAUAUAGAGAAUCUUAGUGAGUAAGAUUAAGGGAAAUGCACACAAGGGGGAUUUUUUAGAAUGUAUCAUUCUUUUUAAUAUUUAUUUAUUUCCUUGGCUGCAGUGGG